CUUCUCUGAGCGGGACGGUGUCCGGGCGGAGGAGGAGGAGGAGGAUUCACUUCAGCUCUCGGACUGGACUCAGCCGCGGUUCAUCUGUUAGUCAAAGAUGGAGUCUCAACGACUGAGCGGCUCUCCAGACAUCAGGAUGCAGCGGAGCUACACACAGCCGCACAGUCCCAGAGCCACCAGCAGUGAAAGCAUGUUUGGAGUCAGGAUCCAGGUCCAAGGCAUUAAAGGUCAACCCUUUGUGGUUCUGAACAGUUCCAGCCAGGAGAUCCACCGGGAUAUCUCUGUGAUCACUCACCAGGCAGGGUACAACCCUGGCAUGGUGAGGAGGUCUGUGGACUCUCCUUCUGAGUCACAGCGGACUGCACCCUCCUCUGGGUUUCAUUAUCAGAAACAUCCGGAGAUUCUGCAACCCUAUGACCCUGAAAGUAAUAACCUGAACUCAGUUGUUCCUUUGAAAGGUUCAAACAGUCUACCGGGGCGGCCAAACAUCAGCCUUCCUCUUGAGACAACCCAAUCUGCUAAACCCAGGAUCCCUCUGCCUGCUGAAGGCCCAGAGGGAGACCCAGGGGAUGUGGUCCAAAAUAAAAUGCCUCCCUCAAGUCGACAGCUCCCUGCAAGGUCCCCAAACACAGUGGACACAGACUCAAUCUUAUCUGUUGGUAAGCUAAUAAGUCAGUUUAACAGCAGCCAGCGGAGAGGAAGAGGAGGCCCAAGAAACAGGCUUGAUCCGGAGCAGUGUCGAAGAUCACGCAGCGUAGAUAGCAGCCGAACAUCCGAAUCCUCGUCAGCCUCCUCUUCCUCCAGUAGAACCUCCUCUCUGAAGGCUGUCAGGGGUGAGACUCCUGGCGGGAUAUAUCCCCCAGGGUCCGCCAGAGCUCGACUCCUCAGCGGGGAAGCCUCUUUAGGGGGCAGGAGGGAGGAGAAUAAGCCCAGCACACUGCUUAUGGCUCAGAAUGGAAAAGAGACAGUACCUCCACAAGCAGUAAAACUACUUCACAGAGCAGAGAAACCAUCAAUCUCCACAUCAUGCAGUGACCAGACGGAUGAUUCUGACGAGAGAGAUGCACAGGUGACUCCUGAUCUUCUGAAAGGACAGCAAGAACUCUCUGUGGACUCAGCUGAAGACACAACAAGACAGAUGCUGUUCACAUAUCUGCAGGAUGGGACAACUGAUGAUGAUUCCACCACUCAGAAGAAAGUUAACCUGCUGCUGGAAAGGCUGAACAAGAUCAAGUGGAGGACGGCUGAAAAUGUGGAGGAGCUGGAGAAAGAAUCUACAGCUGAGGUGAAACUUUUACUGGAGAAACAGUCCGCACUGGAGAAAGACGUCAUUGAGUUAAAGCAAAAACUGGAAACUGAGAUUAAGAAUGAAAAGACCCUUGCCAAAGCUUGUGAAAAGGCCAGGACAGAGAAGAAGAAACUUCAGGAAGAGCUGGCCAAAAGUCAGCAAGAGCUCUGCAAACUCAGGGAGAGACUGGCUGAGAUUGAGGCGGCACUUCAGUCCACAAAACAAGAACUGACCCAGAUGAAGGCAGAGAGAGAGCGAGCAAAGACAGAGAUGAAAGACCUUCAGCAGCAGCUCUCUGAAAUGCACGAUGAGCUGGACCAUGCCAAGAAGGCUGAGGUGAUAAACACGGAGAAAGAAGUCCUCCUGAAGGACAUGGCGCAGCUAAGCCUGGACUUUCAGGAGAUGCUACAGAUGAAGGAGGAGCAGGAGGAGAUGCUGCAUCACAGGGAGAGGGAGCUGAGUGCCCUGAAGGGGGCACUGAAGGAGGAGGUGGAGACUCAUGAUAGCUUGAUGGCUGCUCUGAAGGAGGAAUAUGAUAACCAGCUUGAUAAGCUGCUCAGGGAUUUAGAACAGAGCAAAGCUCUGCUGGGUCAAAAGAAGGGUGAGGUGGAGGAGGAGAGGGGUGCAGCUAAGAUGCAGCUGAAGGAGCUGAGCCAGGAGAGGGAUCAGCUGAGAGGAAAAGUGCAGGAGCAAAGUAACAAGAUGGAUCAGCUGAGUCUGGCAGUUCAGGAGUGUAAAACCACAGAGAGGCUGCUGGAGCAGAGAGCAAAGCAGCUGGAGAGAGAGAAGCAGCAGCUGGAGGAGGCGCUGAGAGAUGUGAGGAGGAAUGAGGAGGAGAUGUGUCAGUCCAACCAGCUACUGCUUUCUCGCUUGGAGGAUGUGCAGGGUAAGCUAACCAAGCUGAAUCAUGAGCACAGGGAGCUGAAGGAGAAGCUGAAGGAGGAGAAAAAGCAAACAGAAGAGUUAUGGAGGACAAAAACUGAACUGGAGGAUGAGAGGAGGCUGCAGGACAGGACUGUGGAGCAACUGCAGAGGAAGAUGAACAGCAUCAUGGAGGAGUGCGAGGCGUCUACAGAUGUGCUUCAGAGUCAGGUCGAUGAGGCCAGGGAGAAGAGUCAAAGGGAGUUGGAUGAACUGCGGAGACAGCUGCAGGAAAAAGGAGCAGAGCUGGAGAAAUCCCGACAGUCAGCCAAAAAGCUGCAGGAAGAGCUGCUUCCUCUGGAGGACGAUCUGCGGAGGUGUCUCAGGGAGCUGCAGGAGGCCCAGAUGAGGGGCCGGCAGCUGGAGCAGAGGGUGGAGGAGCUGGAGGAGAGGAACGCAGCCACAGUGGGGGAGAGGGAGCGGCAGGUCAAACUUAUGGAGAAUCGUAUCAGUCAGCUAGAGGAGGAUCUUAAUGAUGAGCGAAGCAGCGCUGACCGCCUGAUGGAGCGAUUAGACAAAACCAAAGAGCAGAUGGAUCAGAUGAGGAACGAGCUGAUGCAGGAGAGAGCCGUCAGACAGGACCUGGAGUGUGACAAGAUGAGCCUGGAGAGACAGAAUAAAGACCUGAAGGGGCGAGUGAUUCAUCUAGAAGGAUCACAGAGGACCAACCAGGACUCACUUGUCCUCAAACUCAACACUCGUAUCCAGGAACUCGAGGAGCGGUUGAAAGGAGAAGAAAGAGACAACAACAGCCUUCAACAGGCCAACCGUCGACUGGAGCGCAAAGUGAAGGAGAUGAAGAUGCAGGGGGAUGAGGAGCGUGUCAACCUGCAGAGCCAGAGUGACCAGCUGACUCAGAGGCUGAAGACGGCAAAGAGGCAGAUGGAUGAGGCGGAGGAGGAGAUCGAGCGUCUGGAACACGCAAAGAAGAAGCUGCAGAGAGAGCUGGACGAGCAGAUCGAGGCCAACGAGCAGCUUCACGGCCAACUGAGUGCACUGAGGAAUGAGAUGAGACGUAGGAGGAAAUCCCCUCCUCUUCUCAAGACAGCAGAGGACGACAUGAAAGACGAAGAUGACUUUGGAUCUGAAUCUUAAAAUGAAACACCCCCCAACAGUCAUUCAUGGACUAUUUUGAAAAGUUGGACUCACUGUGAAGAAUCCUUGAUGUCAAAACUAGUUAUAACAUCAUUAACAACUCAGGUGUGAUCUCAUGAUGUUGUGAAUUGCAUGGCAGCUUGCCUAUGCUGACCUCUUGUGGCAAUAUGUGUAACUACAUUAAAUGACAAAUUGCUGUUUUACAAUGCAAAGGCCAAAUAGGCUUAUUUACCUAAACUUAAAAUGUGUCCUUUCUGUUUAUUAAGUUAUUUCUCUGCAGUGUGAGUUAUUAAAUGAUGCAAACCGUAAGUCUUAAACCAAUGAUUAAAUGUUUUUA